AUGGCGGUGCCCGCUGGAGUGAAGUUGGACGACGGCACGGGGGGUUAUGCCGCCAAUUGCUUCCCCGUUAGGAGUGUUAUCAGACCAUCGGACGAAUUUGGUGGAGCCUGGUUGGUUUCACAUCGAGCUGAACAAAGGAGACGUUUCAAAGCAAUAUUAUGCACAAAACCAAAAACAUACGAUGAUCUCAAACAGGAGCGUAAACAGCAAGAAAAAGAAGCGAGAGCGAGGGCACGGGCGUCGGCAUCUAGUACUGUUGCAGGAGAAGAUGAUGAAACUCCAGGUUUGCUGGAUGGAUUUUUCCUUUUAAGACAUUGCUGUGUGGAGGACCCUUCUGAUCUUUGCUCUGUCAAUAUCAUUGGUCAAGAUUUGAGUGAGGUCAGAGAAGAGGAUUUCCAACUUUUUGAUAAUGUAGCCUAUGUGAAUGCGUCGGAAAAUCUGUUACCAUUUGAGGCAUUCAAUAACUUUCCAAUUAUACGAGAAUUAGAAAUGCCUAUAAAUGGACUUCGGAAUUUAAAAAUUGAUUUAGACGACUUUCCAUGUCUGGAGGUUUUAGAUUUAUCAUAUAAUAAUUUAUCGCAAGAAGAUAUUCUAACACUUGGACUUCUAGCGAAACUUAAAGUACUGCACCUUAGUGGCAAUAACCUCCGAUGCUUACCCUCAGAGAUGGCCCAACCUGUCAAGUUUAAUGUAGAUGACUCGUCCAUGAAAGUGACUAGGUUUGCAAAUUUGGAGAUUUUAUUCUUGGAUGAUAACAAGCUUACAGACUUAACAACAUUUGCAAAUCUAGCUGGACUAAGGAAACUAAAAAGACUAAAUCUUGACAAAAACAGUAUUUACUCCGUGCCACAUCUCAAAGCAAUGGGAGGCAAAAUGGUGGAAAGCGAGCCGCCAUCAUUAGCAACAACACCACGUCAUGCGACACCGCACACGGCAGGGGACAGCGCAAGUCUACCUUCGAGUAGAAGAUCAAGUAGGGGGGCUACAAGUAGAAAAAGUAGCAGAAAUGAGUUAGAAGAGGAAGUAAUCAACAAUCCCAGUGCAUCGCUUAUAGAAUCAACUUUGAAAGAGAUUAAAGAGGAGGAAGAAGUAGAUGAUAAUUACAGUAACCAUAGCACCAACCAGACGACGCAAUCAAGCGAACUCUUCACAAGGGAAUCACCUCCUCCAUUCCCAGAAUUAGAAUUCCUCAGUCUUGCCUAUAAUCAGAUCGCUGAAGAGGAAGGGCUUCUGGCGGUAGCUGCUUGGCCAAUGUUGACAGAAUUGGUUAUACAUAAUAAUCCACUUACAACACUGAACAGCGGUGACCCUCCGUUAUUGAAGAGAUACUUGGUAGAUCGGUUAGGUAUUCAUAUUACACGACUCUCGCCACAGAAACCGCAGAAACCUGGGCCAAGAGUGCCUAUCAAGAAAGAUAGAAAGGUGUCCUCACACGUGCCAAAGGUUCCAAAAGUCCCUGUCGAACAGCUCAUGUUGGAAGGUCCGUCCAUAUUCGCCUUACCGUCCAGUGAACCACCCACACCUCAACCACAUCCGCCACUACGGGCGAGAUCAGCACCCAAUCCAACCAUGGAACAUUCCAAACCACUACCACCAAUUACACCAACACUGCCCCCAAGCAAGCCGGAGGUUGAUGAGGACGACGAUGAAGAUAAAAUGUCUAGGACCCAGACUUGGAUGGAAGAAAACUUCCAGAAAGAGGAUUCAAACGCUGAUGAUCCUGUUUUCCUCACACAGGUUGAUGAUCAGGUGGAGGAAGAUAUGAACAGUGUACAGGACAAGGUACAGACACAAAAAACAAGCAAGAUGAGACCAGAUAGUGCUGCAGUUUCUAUGAAUAUGCCAGACAAAUACAAAGGUUAUGAACUUCUCCUGGAUGCGGAGGAUGAUCCCGAUCUCAUGCUGCCUAAAGAUAUUCAUGGGAAUGUUAAAGCAUUGGAGUUUGCAUUAAAGCAUCCUACUGUGUACAGAGACAAUACAGUGGCUCUGGACAGAAUACAGAAACCGUUUGAACCUUACCAAAAAAGUAAAGUGGAUUAUGGUAAAAAACACAAGGACAAAGCAGAGAAGUUAGAAGAAAUAUUAGAGGACAUGAAGAAUAGAAUCAUUACACAGGAAGCUAGCUUAGCUGCUAUCUUAGCUGACAAGAAAAAAUAUGCUAAGGAAUUACCCGAAGCAACAAAACUACUGGCAGAGAUUCAAGGCAAAUACAAAACAGUUCAUGCUGCUUCAAUGAAAGAAGACAAUGAAACUGCUGUAGCCAUAGCAGAUACUUUAAAAACUAUAUCAGAGUCCAAAAAGAAAUUGAAAUCAGGACACAAAAAACACUCGGCAAAGCAGAGCAAAGAAGUUUAGACAAAUGGGUUUAGCUAUAACUCAUUUUUGCUGACAUUGACAAUAAACAGUGAAACUAAGAAUAUUCUUUUUGUGCUCAACUGAUGAAACUGUGCAUUUUAUGUACAUUUUCCUGGACCAAUGAAUUGUUUCAACUUGGGG